CGUGACGAUGUGAGAAGGUCUGUCUCGUAUUUAAAGCAACUGGCUAUGUUUUUUAAUGAGUUCAAGUUGACUGCCUGUGACUAUAUUACCAUAGAGGGGCCUUAGAACACAUCUUACCCGUCUCUACGGUCACAGGAGUGGCCGACCUUGGCGCUUACAUUGACGACGUACUGGUAAUCCCGAGCCGUUCCAUCUACUAAAACUGCCACACCAUUGAAUGACUUUGUUUAGUCGGCAUUUUGUAUUGUUAUCAGUCUUUUUAUUGCACACAAGUGAAGGUAAGGAGGCCGGUCACUGUGAGCGUCGGUGAAAAAGCAACAUGAUUAGCAUUUUUAAGCGGAAGAAACAACAUUUAACGAUCACCGCUGAUAAUCCGACGUAUACCGUAUACUACCUGGGCAAUGCACAUACAUUGCUGUCGAAUGGAGAGGGUUGCUGUGACAGCCAAGUGGAACGAGUGUGGACAAGAUCGAAACAGGGUAAGAAGGUCAGAAAAGUAAAUGUGACUAUUACUGCUCGUGGACUCAAACUAGAUUUUCUCGAUAAACCGAGACGUGGACCUUCCGCCCAAUUUUACCUGCUUCAUCGAAUUUCUUAUUGUGUGGCCGAUCGAAGCAACCAAAAGAUAUUUGCCUGGGUAUACCGCCACGAGUUAAAGAGAAAGGCGGUUGAACUUCGCUGUCAUGCAGUAUUGUGCAAUAAAUCAGAAAAAGCGAAAGCAAUGGCUUUAUGUCUCUACCAAAUAUUUACAUCGUCCUUUGUGGACUAUAAAAGAGAAAGAAAGGACCGGGAACGCAGGAACAAGGCGGACCCUUAUAAGCCACCCCUGCCGCUACGCAGAAUUCUUAACGGGGCUUCUAAAUUCCAUCCGCCAUUAGAUCGCAGCCGGAGUGCGCCAAAACUGUGUGCUAUCAGAGAAGACAAGGUACGCGAAGAAGCCGAGGAAGAAGAGAUGAACCAAAAUACUGUAUUCAGAGAUGACACACUUUUAGAUAUGUCUGACAGAAUGGCGCACAUCGCUAUUGGGAACGACGUUAGUGAGUUACAGAAAGACAGUGCUGUGACAGAGUUAUUGAGGGGCGACACCCACGACGACAGUCGAAACGACCCUAUCCCAGCUACCUGAACACUUGGGCGGUACUUUAUAAAUAAAUAUACACUAUAAAUGCUCUCGUUAACAGGUGGUUGUCAUUGAUGCAUUCUGCUACACGGUGUUCGGUACAACAACGACUACACCGUGUAAAUUGUCAUACAGUACAUAUCAUUCGUUCCAACCUGACAUGAAUUUGGUCGUCAUCACUGACAAACACUUUCAUUUUACGUCAGACAUUUGAAUAUUUCUCGCAGUUUUUUAUCCUUAGAUCUAUAUUUAUUAUUUCUAAUAUACGACUACCAGCAACACAACUUGAACUUGGGAUAUAUUUUAACGAGCAUGUGUUUUCGCCACAUGUGUGAAAUAUUUGCCCAGUGCUAACUGCUUGUACAGUGUGGGUAGUGCCAUUGCUUCGUAAUUAUUCACAAGCACACGUUAAAUGCACAUACAGAUUUGUCGGUCAAUCAUUACCAUGACAACCAUAUAAACUAAAACCACAGGACCAUGAUUAUCGUACACAAGACUGUCGUAGCUCACUGUCUCGCUAAUUUCACAUCUCGUAGCCAUCACCUAUGAAAAACAAUUCUCAAAAUGAAUGCUUUCAUAGAGGAUAGUUUGACACGAAUUAACAACACAAUUCUUGGAAUAUGGUUUCAGCUGAUUCUUUCAGAAGUGCAAGCCGAUAUACAUGUACCGGAUAAUGUGCCCUGACAGAUGGUAACAUGCUGAUUAUUUUUAAUUUCGAAAUGUUAAUGCUUGGACAAUGUUGGCAUAGAGUACCAUUGUUAAACAGGGUAGUUUCAUGUUAACUUGUUUUAGCACAUGUAUUAGUGACGAAUGUCAUACAGUGGUACCCAACUGAAGUACUAAGUUAUUUGUAUUCUUAAAGGGGAACCGCUCAAUCCCAUGGAUUGCACCAAAGAAUCAUGGGACACUAUUGUUUAUGUUGUUUACAAUGUUAAUCUAUCUUUUGUUAUCCAUUGUUAUUUUAAUCCAGAAAGUAAAUUUGUUGUAAAAUUAAUCUUAACUGGAAGG